UGGUUAGCAUAAACAUGUUAGUUUGACAGUGGUGCGUAGAGUUGUGGAUAAUGUAGUUAUUCAUAUGUUUUAGUUGUCCCACGCAAAUAUUAGAAAUGUGUUGUUCCGAUCAGAUGAUCUGUCAUUGUACCAAUGAUAGAGUUCAUUAAUAAUAGAUUCACUGCAACCAGGUUAGACAUAGCUGCUAUGACUUGUUUAAUUACAAGAACAUGUAAAUAUGGUAUGAAGAAAUGUCUUUGCAAAAGUGCAAAUACACUUUUAACGGAAUAAUAAGAUAAAAAGGAAGAAGAAACUCAUUCAUUACCACAUUUGGAGUGCAUACAGAAAGGUUUGCACCACAUCCAGAAAUGAAUGAAAAAUUAGAAGAAUUAUGGUCAUUUAAUUGGUCUCCUACCCUGUGCACCAUUUGCACAUUUUUGAACUUCUGUUAAUAAUUACUGACUUUAACAGGUAUUGCCUUCUGAUUUGGUUCCAAGCAAGUGAGAUGAUGGAUGUUAUAUUUCGAACACAGGGCCGCUUGGAUAACAAGUGGCUUAAAACUGACCUACAACAAGCAUUUACUCCCGAGGGUCUCUCCCAGCUGUGGAAUGAGCUCAUUAAGGAUGGUGAGGUGGCUGGCUCUUUCAGUGAUGGAUUGCUCAACUCUGUUGGUGUCAUGGCUAGAAAAGGUGAGAGUGGUCAUUAUUAUUGUGGUUUGCGAGUGCUUACUUGUGCUUGUUGUGAUGGUGUUUGUGGACCUCAAAGUGGAUGUAACUGUGGAGCUUGCCAACAACUUGAUCAAGAAAUGGCAUCUCUUGAAGAAAACAAGCUUUCAGAACCACCUCCAUCCCAGCCACAGCUUGACAGAUGGGUGUGGGGUCCUCAGCCAAAGACAGAACAGCUCUACAGCUGCUUAGAAUCCUUAAUAUUUGAGCAGAAAAGGCUUUGUCAUGAGGCUGCCAGCAGUACCCUUUCCGCUGUCAGAUUAAGACAAAGGCUAAUGGUGGCUAAGAGGUACUUUGUAGCUCUCACAAGACAUAGUCCAUCAGAAAACAUGAGACCUGUACACAAAGGAGUUUCACAUGGACUGAAAAAGGAUGUACGUUCCAGGACUGGAGAAAAGGCAACUAUAAGCUUGGCAAGGGUUGGUUCCAGAGCUGCACUUAACUUUUCGUUUGCAUUUCUAAGAAGAGCAUGGAGAUCAGGUGAAGAAGCUGAUGUCUGCAGCGAGUUAUUGAGUGAAUCCCUUGAGGCUCUUCAGUCCUUAUCUGAAGCUACCCUGUUUGAUGAAAGUUCAGUUUCACCAGUAUGGUUAGAAGUUCUGGAGUUGUCAGCAAAGUUUUUGCGUCAAGUUGUUCUUGGAGAUAUGAACAGAGGCCGUGGUUGGGAUGUAGUUCCUCUUGCAGACCGUCACACAGCUCUUGGUUUACUUUUGGAAUUAGCUAUUCAGAGAGGAACAUUAAGUUAUAUGUUAGAUGCUAUAUUGUUAUUGCUGCAUCUGUGGGAAAAGGGAAAAUAUCAGGAUGAUAAUAGGGCAGUAUCUUCAGGGACAAGUGCACCCUUAGUUCCUUUACUUCGAAGAUUUGAAUCCAUACCUUCUAAACCUACUUCAAAAGCAGUCUCCUGGGACGAAAAUUUACAGGCAGGAGUGAGUCCAACUGAAUGUUUCUUACGGUACUUGGACAUACCAGAUGACGAUGACUGCGCAUUAGUCGAUUUGAAAUUAAUUGCUGUUGCUCUAGUGGCUCAUUUGGACCGUCUUGCAUCACCGUAUAUUCCACCAGCAAGCUUUACAAAGAAUAUGGGACAGUAUCAAGAAGUUCUAGCCUGGGGUUGGCUUGCAUGGGGCAGUGGUAGUGGCACAGCUAUGUCUCCCCAUUGCUGCCAGUGUAUUGGAGAACUAGGAGUGGUUCAGAUUUCGUGUGCUGAACGUUGCAUGCAUAUCCUUGCUAAUACAGGCAAGGUUUAUGUCCUGCAUUACAGUUCUGAAACUCAGUGCCCCCAGUUGGUUGAUGGAUUUGGAGAAAAGGACGUAAUGAAAUUGGCUGCUCAUCCAGAUGGGAAACAUUUUUUAUCAUUGACAAGUGACGGGAAUGUCUAUGCAUGGGGUUGUGGUGAUGAUGGACGCCUAGGUCUUGGUGAUACUAAUUCGAGAGAUGACCCGACAUUGAUCCAGGCACUUGUUGGGAAAACUGUUAUCCAUAUUGCUUGUGGCAGCACAUACAGUGCUGCCAUUACUGUUGCUGGUGAACUGUACACUUGGGGAAGGGGAAAUUAUGGUCGACUUGGCCAUGGUAGCUGUGAAGACCAGAAUGUACCAACAUUAGUAGCUGGCCUUAAAGGUCAUUAUGUUGUUGAUGUUGCGUGUGGCAGUGGAGAUGCACAAACACUUGCUGUCACAGACAAUGGCCUGGUGUUUUCCUGGGGUGAUGGUGAUUAUGGAAAAUUGGGGCGUGGUGGGAGUGAUGGCUCAAAGCUUCCAAAGCUUGUUGACAAGCUACAAGAUGUUGAUGUUGUUAAAGUUUGUUGUGGUGCGCAGUGUAGUCUUGCACUUACCAGAAGUGGAGCAGUUUACUCUUGGGGAAAAGGUGACACUUAUCGUCUGGGACAUGCCUCAGAAGAACAUAUUCGCUUUCCAAAAAUUGUGGAGGCACUGAAAGGGAAACGUGUGAUGUCACUGGCUGUUGGUGCAGGUCAUGUAUUAGCAUUGACAGAUGAGGGAGAAGUAUACGGUUGGGGAAGAAAUGAUUAUGGUCAAGUUGAGGAGACAAAUGGAACAAGUAUUCUUGAACCAAUGCUCGUGACAUCCCUUCAAGGAAGAUCUAUUGUUGGCAUUGCUUGUGGCCCAAUACAGAGUUUUGCCUGGAGCAGUAGCAGUAACUGGACUGUUGGUGUAAGAGUUGAAUUUGUUGUGGACAUUUGUGAGGACACAUUCAAAAUGCUAGACCAACUUCUUGGUCUUGUUUGUGAUGGUAUGGCUGGAAAUAUAGAUUGGCCACCAUCACAUGAUAAAGAGUGCAUGGCUGUAGCCUGCUUAAAUCUCCUACGAUUACAGUUACAUGUGCUAAUUGGGCACAAUAUGGAUGUGGCAAGUGUUGGUCUUACAUCAGGAAGCAGCCUCUUAAUAAACUUGAAAGAGAAAGUGGUUCAAUUGGCUAGUAAUCGUGGAGUGCUUGGUUCUGUGCAGGCUGCAGCCCAGGCUGCAUUACAAGUUGGCUGGAGUGCACUCCUUCCAACGGCUGAUGAAAGGGCCCGCACCCUUUCAUCACUGCUGCCUAAUUCAGUAACUGAUCCUUCUGAUACAAGCCCAGGUCAUCGCUUCAUGACAGAUCUUCUAGUAUCAAGCCUGAUGGCAGAUGGAGGACUUGAAACAGCUCUGAAAGCAGCAUUCAAAGCUGAAUUAAGUGAAGAACCAGAUGUAGAUAAACAAAAGUCACUUCUGUCAGAACAAGCUCUUGUUGAGGCUAGAUGCAAACAAGCAAAAGAUGCAGCACUGCAUGAGAAACAUAGUUCUGCUGUUCCCUUGCUGCAUCUCAUCAAAUUGCUGUUAAGAAAUGGAUCCUCAGCUACACAACUAAAACUGAAUUCACUGAAUACAUUCACAUCUUCGUCCAGGAGUGAGUCAAGAGAGAAACAUGAGAGAUCACCUAGCCUGAAUUUGCUCUUGCGUUUUCAAAGGCUGCUGAUAUCUCAUAUUUAUUGCAGUAGUCAAGGAAAAUCUUUGAAUGAUGACCCAGAUACAGAUGUUUUGGGUGCUGAGUCUUUACUUUCAAAAUAUCUAUCUAUCUUGUGCAACCAUGUGAACGACAUUCUUCCUUUGGCAUCAAGUUUGACAUCAAACAAUAAUAAACAUUUUCCACACAUAGCAUCUAUUCUAAAGGGUGACUUUGUUGAUGUUCUUCUUCCGGAGCUUCUGGUGUGCCUUAUCCUCCUAGAACUGGAAAUGCCAUUGCUUCUUCUGCAUGUAAACUGGACACAGACAUUAAUACCAUUACUGGAUACACUUGAUAAAUUUAAUCGGUUUACACCUGGGUUUGAUAAAGAAGAUGGAGAAGAUCUGUCCUGGCCAGGAAUAAUUGUCCCAGAAAGUUCUCUUAGUGCACAGAGAUGUCAUGAGGAUCUAGCUCUUAUCAGAAAAGCUGACUUGGAAAACCAUAAUCGUGAUGGUGGCUUAUGGAUUGUCAUUGACAAAAAAGUGUAUGAUAUUCAGGAUUUUGGGUCUCUCUCUCAGUGUGGAAGCAACUUAUUUACAAAAUAUUCUGGCCGUGAUAUUACUCAAGCAAUUGAUUCAGUGUGUCAUUCUCAGUCAGCUAAGGAAGCCAUUUCAUCCUUCCUAAUUGGUUAUUACAUGGAACCUGACCAGGAGUUACUGCAGGUUUCUGACAUAAAUAAUGUUGUUUUACCAUUGAUGGAUGUAGAAAGAAGCGUUGGGUAUAUCCUCGGUCUUCAUGCCCACAGACUUUUCUUAAGCACACCACUGCAACCUGCAGAAGAUGACGCUCAACGAUGGCUUAAUGCACCCUUUUUGAGAGCAGGACCGCAGGAUUUGCGUCCUUCUAAUCCAUAUGAUGAAGAAAAAGGAGAAGCGAGGAGCACUAGUUCUACAACUGUGACAACUCCCACAGAGUCUCAUAAUGUUUAUUGUGGGCUGCCACAUCACAAUAAAGAUCGAGCUUCUCACUUCCUACAAGCUCUUACAGAGAACAAACUCACGGAUCCUUAUGUGCAGACAUUUUUGGCCAUUGUGGAAUGUCAUUGUAAAAUCCAUCACCUCAUGAGUCAUGGUGAAUUUUCUCCAGAGCAUCCAGUGGAAGAAGUUGGAAGACUGCUGAUGGCAGUUCUAAUCAAGCAUCUGGGCAUCGAAUGUCAAGUUAUUGAUCUUAUAGAACAAGAUAUUGUGGGUGGCAGUGUACCUGUCCGGAUACCAAAGCAAAUUACAGAAAUGAUACGAACUGUUCACCAGACGAAAUGGAGUCUCAUCAAGAGGAGGCAAGAACUGAAUCGUUCCUACAAAGAAGUUUGCAUUCCUGUCCUGGAUAAAUGCAGAUUUUUGCUGCACGAAGUACGGGCUGCCAACAGCUAUGAAGUAACUAGUCUGUAUAAUCUUCAGCAUUUAUACACUGUACCAAGAUGGAAGAAAAUGGUAAAAAGAAUUAUUUCUGACCUUAGGAGAAAUAAACACAUGCCAAGUGCGAAACCGGAAGAUAUUUUGAAUGCAAGUAUACAGAGCCAAGGCAUGGAAGCAAAGUAUAAAAGCAUUGACAACAGUGCAGAUACAAAUUUUAGUGCAGGAGAUGAAAAGAAAGACGAAGAUGUUGACAUUAUUGACUUGUGGGAGAAUUGUAAAAAUGCUUCUGCAAAGAAAACAGACAAACAACACACACUGCCCCAUUCUUCCAAAGCCACAAAACUUUCAAAAGCCAUAACAGAAUUCAUGUUGCAAGAGGAAGGCACAGAUGUGGAAACUCUGCGGAAAGCUCUGUUUUGCCAGGUCCAACGUGCAAGAAUGAGAACUAAAGGAAUUGAAAUGAUGUAUGAGCUGUUGAAAAGAGAUUAUUUAAUUCCUUCUGUCAAGUAUGCAAUGCUAAAUGGAUGGUUAGGCCUUUCAUAUAACAAGAAACGUCCCAGGGAUGAGCUUUCUCACUCCUUGCAUAACAUUCAACUUAUUUCACCACACCAGAAAAUGGAGAUACUGCAGGCUCAGUCAAAAAUAACAUCAUGGGCUGUGGCAGCUCUGCGUGAGCAUGUUCUCCUUGCCGAGCAGCCGCGACGUACAAACAAAUUCAAAGACAAGGGUACUUUAAAUGAAGGUCUGAGUAACUGGCUUCGCAAAGUCCCCUGGGCUAGGUUUUUGCUCACUGUUCUGGGUGUUCUAACUGGAAACCACCAAGGAAAUGAAGUUAGUUUAAUUAUUAAUUCAGGGGUUCUGGCACUUCUUCAGGCAUUGCUGCGGCAGAUAGGCCCAGAAGUUCUCAAAAGUUACACAGAAGAAAGAGGGAGAGAUGUUUGUGCUGUUUUUGAAGAUGAUGUGCAGAAGUCAUCUGCUCCAUCUGUGGUCCUUAGUGGGCCAGAAUUAGCUAGUAUGAUGAAAGUUGGAACCAGAGUGGUUAGAGGAGUUGAUUGGAAAUGGGGUGACCAGGAUGGUCCUCCUCCAGGUGAAGGCCGAGUGAUAGGAGAGCUUGGGGAAGAUGGGUGGAUUAGAGUUCAAUGGGAUAAUGGGUCCACUAAUUCUUAUCGUAUGGGAAAAGAAGGCAGAUAUGACCUGAAAUUAGCAGACCCUCCAACACCAGUUGAUACAGAAAGUGAUACAGAAACAAGUGAAGAUGCAUGCAAAACAGUAUUGAGGGUAACUGGCAAGGCAAUACAACCAACAAGACUUUUGAAGCAAGCAACCAUAACUCUGCUUAGAACAGUAGCAAUAUCUUGUGGAAUUGAAGGAAAUAAUGUACAAGAAUCUGCAACCAGAAUACUGGCUUCUCUUUUGAGGGACAUUGUAUUGCUUGGCAACAGAAUGUCAGAGACACCAACGCAGCCUCAGCUCCUCGCUGUCACCCAUUACUCAGAAUGGGCAUCAUUGGGUUUCGUUCGUGCUAUUGCAGUGUCGAAUUCCAUGUGCUUAGCUCUCAGCUCACCACCUUGGAUAAGCCUUCUGCUGUCCAUAGCAGGAGCACAGGACAGAAGCAUCACCGUGACUUUGCAUAAACAGAUCCUAGCCUUAAGAACACUUCAAGCUGUAUUACCUGCAUGGGAUACCACAAUUCCACAGAAAAAAGCAGCAGUACUUGACAAAUUAUUCCGCCUGUUGGGUUCUACUGCUCUUCUGUGUCCAAAAGAUCCUGUUCUUCAGGACAUUGAGUCUGGACGUGGGACCCAACAAACCAAAAUAAGAGUUCCAUUGACUGCAUCUUAUUCAAGCACAGUUGCUGAAGAGUGCAUAUUACUACUUCGUAUUUUGCAUGGUCUGCCACAGUGGAAUCAGUCAGUGAACAACAUGCUUUUGAACAAGUUGACAAUUGCAGGGGAGAUGCUUACAGAAGGCACACUUUUCCAUUAUCAGGUUAACGAUGGUACGAAAUCAGAAUCCUGCAACAGUGCACAGUUGUCUGCAAUGUCAUCACUUUCUGUUGUUGGUGGAAUUGAUAAGCGGGCAAGGAUAGGAGGCCAAGUAACAGUGGAAGGUGUUGGACAAGGUACCCUUUGCCAGAUUAGUCAACAUAGUAAGCUGAUUAUCCAGUUGCGAGAAAGUGGUGAAUUGAAAAAAUUUUCUCUGGCAAAUGUCUCACCUAGGCCAGUAAUGGCAUUCUCUAUGGAUAAAGUGAUGACUACAGAAGAAAUAUUUAAAAUGUGGGCCAAACUGUUUACACUGACUGCUUGCCAGUCUGAUACACGACAUCCAGUAUUAGAAUCACUGGAAGUUGGUUUGCUGAGGACACAACAGCUCCAGCUGGCAGCCCUCAAUGCUUGUGCAGAGUUGUUCAGGCAUCAGACGUUGUUACGCCGUGCUUUAAAACACCAUUCUUUAGAAACAUCUUGUCUUGAGGCCUUAAAUGAAGAGGAAGAUAUUGAUUUUGACAUUGACCCAGAUGCAGAAACUCUUCUAAUUCAAAAACUCAUAGUUAAAGCUACACAGCCAUCUCCUGUGAAAGCUUCCUAUACAAAAUCAGAUUUACAGAUAGCUGCUUUGAAUGUGAGUCAGUUCCUGGCCAAUGAGGCAGAAAAACAUAUACGAAAUCCAUGUGACAGCAUUAGUACGAGGAAUGAAACUGCAAGUAAUAAAAUUGCUUCAAAGAAAGUCCAUCUACCUUCUCCUUCUCUAUCACCAACUGUUGGACAGCUUACAGAAAUGGGUUUUCCCAGACGAAAUGUUGAAUGUGCUAUAAAGGCAUUAGGUUUGACCAGUGAAGUCCCUCCAAGUCCUGAAACAGUUGUUGGCUGGCUUCUUGAACAUCCAUCUCACACAUUGGUUGAAUCGGAUUCUGACUCUUCUUUUAAUGAGGUGUCAUCAGAUUCUGACACUGCAUCAGAAAAUUUAGGAUCAUGUGUGGUGUCUGGUGCACCAGAUGUCACAUCAACAACUGGCUAUAAUCAACGAGCAGAUUUUCUAACAAAUGAUGAGUAUGCCAUGUAUGUACGUGAUAACAUAACAGAAGGCAUGCUUGUGCGUUGCUGUAAAAGUUAUGAGGAGGUCCAUGAAGGUGAUGUGGGGACUGUUUUGAAGGUAGCAUAUGAUGGCCUCCAUGAUUUAAAUGUUCAGGUUGAUUGGCAAAAUAUGGGAAGCCCAUACUGGGUUCGUUUUAUACACGUGGAACUUAUAGGAUUUCUUCCAUUCCUAUCGCCACCUCCACCAGUGAAAGUUGGGGAUAGAGUUAAAGUCAAGCAGUCUGUCAGGACUCCGAAGUAUAAAUGGGGGUCAGUGACUCAUGGCUCAGUUGGAAUUGUCACAAGUGUUAGUAGUAAUGGAAGAGAAAUCAGUGUUGACUUUCCACAACAAAGCGACUGGACGGGUGUUAUAUCUGAGAUGGAAGUUGUUUCAAGCAGUCACCCAACUGUAUCAUGUGAUAACUGCCGAGCUUUUCCGAUCACUGGCCAUCGUUACAAGUGCAAGACUUGUGAACAUUUUAAUUAUUGUGAAAAUUGUUUCUUCACAAAGAGAGGUCAUCGCCAUUUCUUCAAUUGCAUCUAUGAACCUGGGAGUGCUCCAAUAUUUGCUGGAAAACCUGGUAAAUAUUAUCAUCGUGAUGAAAUUUUAAACCCUGGCCUUGUUCAGGAUUGGGCUCAUUGUAUAAAGACUCUGAAAGUAUCUUCAAGAGAGGCAUGCGCACGUCAUCUUGUGGAUGGCUCUGAUAAUUAUUGGCAGAGCUGUGGAUCUCAGGGAAAGCACUGGAUCAGGUUAGAAAUGCAACCCAAUAUUUUAAUUGAGUCGUUGAAAAUGGUGGUGGAAAUGGCUGACAAAAGCUAUAUGCCUUCAUUGGUUGUAGUGUCAGGAGGAGAUACCUUCUUGUCCAUGACAGAGCUAAAUACAGUGAAUAUUCGUAACACAGAUAGAAUUGUUACUUUGUUGUCUCACUUGAAAGUUUAUUAUGCAUGCAUUGAAAUAGCAAUCAAACAGUGCAGAAAUGGUGGCAUUGAUUGCAAAAUUCAUGCAUUAAAUAUCAUUGGUAAAAGGGCUUCAUCCAAAGGAAGUUCAACAAAAUCAAGAAGUAUGUCUUUCCUUGUAUCAGACAGUGAAGAAUUCCAGGAUUCUAGAACCUUUACAGGUAUAAACAGAAACCAGCAGGGCUACUCAUCUUCAGCUGACCUGCAAACAAAAGUUUAUGUUUGGGGCCUGAACGAUAAGGACCAGCUUGGUGGUCUUGCUGGUUCUAAAGUCAAACUGCCAACAUUCUCUGAAGCAUUGUCUUCUCUCAAACCAAUUCACAUUGCUGGUGGUUCAAAGUCACUUUUUGUAGUUUCUCUAGAUGGCAAGUUAUAUGCAUGUGGUGAGGGUACAAAUGGCCGACUGGGAUUGGGACACACUGGCAAUGUGUCUUCACCACGCCUAGUUACAGGACUCAGCCAAUAUGUUAUCAAGAAGGUUGCUGUUCAUUCUGGUGGUAAACAUGCUAUGGCUCUCACUCUUGAUGGAAAGGUGUUCUCCUGGGGUGAAGGAGAAGAUGGCAAACUAGGACAUGGAAACAAACUAACAUUGGACAAACCUCAUCUCAUUAAAAGAUUGAAAUCAAAGAGAAUCCGUGAUAUAGCAUGUGGAAGCUCUCACAGUGCAGCGAUAACUUCAAGUGGAGAAUUGUAUACCUGGGGGUUAGGAGAAUAUGGUCGACUGGGACACGGAGAUAAUGUUACACAGUUGAAACCAAAAGUGGUGUCAGCCCUCCUUGGACAUCAUAUUGUGCAGGUUGCCUGUGGAAGCAGAGACGCACAAACAUUGGCUUUAUCUGAUGAAGGCCUUGUUUUUUCUUGGGGUGAUGGAGAUUUUGGAAAGCUUGGACGAGGUGGAAGUGAGGGAUGUAAUGUACCACGGAAUAUAGAGCGUUUAAAUAAUAUGGGUGUAAUACAAAUUGAAUGUGGUGCUCAAUUUUCCUUGGCAUUAUCAAAGUAUGGCCAGGUUUGGACCUGGGGUAAAGGUGAUUAUUAUCGCUUAGGUCAUGCUGUGGAACAGCAUGUCAGGAAACCUACAUUAGUGGAGGGCUUAAGAGGAAAAAAAAUUGUGCAUGUUGCUGUUGGAGCGUUGCAUUGCUUGGCAGUGACUGAUACCGGAGCUGUAUAUGCAUGGGGAGACAAUGAUCAUGGUCAGCAAGGUAAUGGAACAACGGUAGUAAACAGGAAACCUGCAUUAGUUCAUGGUCUGGAAGACAUUCGUAUUAAUCGUGUUGCUUGCGGUUCUUCACAUUCUGUGGCUUGGACAACAUUCGAUACACAAGUUCCUGAUCUCCAUGAACCUGUUCUGUUUCUUUCAUCAAGUGAUCCGCUUGGAGCCUCCAUGCUUGGUCUCUUUGAAAGUACCACUGAAGAUAAAACUCAGUCAACACAGUCUCCUAAUGGUCAGUCAAAAACACCACAGACAUCAUUGUCCAACAUAAUAUUAUCACUUGGCUCCCGCUCAGCUAAACAACAAGCUCUACAGCAUGUUCUUAAUGCUCUCCACAUUCUUCAAGCUAGAGAUGCUGUUGUUGCUGCCCUGUCAAGCCACACAAACAUUUUAGGAUAUGGCUCACCUGGCAACGUUGGUGAUGUGCAGACCCCAGAGACACCAGCAGAAGGAAUUGUGAGCCAGGUUUCACCAAAUAUUCAUUUUGAUGAUGGUGUGGAGAUAGCUCAAGGUGGAGGAGAAGCGCCAGCAUCUGUCACUGAAGCAGUUGGCUUUAGUUCUCACACAACACCAGAAAGUGAGCAAAGUCCUGUUGCUGCCUUUCCAUCACUUUCAGCAUCUGUCAGUGUUUCAUCAAGAGCCUCAAAGAUGUCUGCAAGUGCCAUGAGUGUAAUUGCUGUCACUAUGACAUCAAAUGCCCAGGUUGUUGGGCAUACAGAAGAGGAAGAAGGUGGACGUCCACGUCUAGAUGAAUUUACUCGUCUCUUAGGACAGGAUGAUGCUCGUGUUCUUGUUGAUUUACUGAAACUAGCUGUUGCAGGGAGAGCAGGUCCCUCAGCAAAAGAAACAUUAUCAUCUGUGCUUGUUGCAAUGGGAUUGGCAUAUGCGGAUAUUUGUGACAUGCUACUGGAACUGUGUGUUACUGAAUUGGAAGAUGUAGCAAGUAACACAUUUUCAUUACAUAUGGCUCCAAAACCAGUUGUUCAAGAAAGCAGUCAUCCAUAUAUUGAUGAUGCUACACUUACUGGACAUGUAAAGAUACCAGGUGCCAAAGGCCUGCGUGUGGAAUUUGACAGAAAGUGUUCCACAGAAAGAAGACAUGAUCCUCUAACAAUAAUGGAUGGAACUGGAAAGACAGUUGCAGUACGCUCAGGACGCGAAUGGAGUGACUGGUCCCCAGAAAUUAGAAUAACAGGUGAUGAACUUCGAUGGAAAUUCUCAAGUGAUGGCUCAGUCAAUGGUUGGGGGUGGAGAUUUACCGUGUACCCUGUUGUAUCAUAUGUUGGUCCCAGUGAACUGGGCUCAGAUCGUGCAGUUCUUUCACAGCCUUCUGUGGAACUUGUUAUGUGCUUGCUGGAUGCGAGACUACUUAUGAACUCUGACCUCAAUCUUGUAACAAGAUUAGCAGCUGCAUUAGCAUCAUGUGCUCAACUUAGCACACUUUCUGCUUCGCAAAGAAUGUGGGCAUUGCAGCGUCUUCGCCGACUGCUGGUGACUCGAUUGGGACGAACUCUGGAUGUGGGAGCACUUUUAAGAGCUGAACAAGGACUUCUUGCAGAUUCUGCUCUACUGACUUUAGUGCGGGGUCUUCCACAGGCACUCUUGAGACAAUAUGAAUAUGAAGACCCAGCAGUUAGAGGCGGAAAGCACCUCAUGCACAGUGACUUCUUUAAGGUGUUGGUUGCACUAGCAUGUGACCUGAAUCUGGAUUCUUUGCCUUGUUGCUCUGUGAAUCACAAAUGGUCAUGGUUUAGGCGAUACUGCAUGGCUUACAGAGUGGCUUCAGCACUUGUAAAUCGCACUUCUCUUCCUCAGAGCUUUUGUACAGAGGUGAGGAAAAAAAUCACAGAAAUACUUCCAGAUGGUGAUUCACAGGUUUGGGAACAUGAGAAUCACGAAAUUUUCAAGCAAGAACAUGAUGAGCAACUGCUACUGUGGUUGCACAGGAGACCUGAAGACUGGACACUCUCAUGCAGUGGUAGUGGGACAAUUUAUGGCUGGGGACAUAAUCAUCGAGGACAGCUUGGGGGCGUUGAAGGAGCAAAGGUGAAAUUACCUACACCAUGUGAGGCCUUAUCAGCACUUCGGCCAGUUCAGCUUCUUGGCGGAGAACAGACACUUUUUGCUGUCACUGCAGAUGGGAAAGUACAUGCCACAGGCUAUGGUGCUGGUGGCAGAUUGGGAAUUGGUGGGACAGAUUCCGUAACAACUCCUACACUUCUUGAAUCUAUCCAACAUGUUUUUAUAAAAAAGGUAGCAGUUAACUCAGGCGGAAAGCACUGCCUUGCACUGUCAGCUGAAGGUGAAGUGUAUUCGUGGGGAGAAGGAGAUGAUGGAAAGCUUGGACAUGGUAACAGAAGCUCAUGUGAUCGACCAAGAGUGGUUGAAGCCUUGAGAGGGAAGGAAAUAGUAGAUAUAGCGUGCGGUGGGGCUCACUCUGCUGCUAUAACAAGUCGUCGUGAAGUGUACACGUGGGGGAAGGGCCGUUAUGGUCGCUUGGGUCAUGGAGACAGUGAAGAUCAGCUAAAACCAAAAUUGGUUGAAUCUUUAGUGGGAUAUAAUGUCACUGACAUUGCUUGUGGUAGUGGUGAUGCACAGACACUUUGCAUAACUGAUGAUGACAAUGUGUGGUCCUGGGGAGAUGGUGACUAUGGUAAACUCGGCCGUGGUGGUUCUGAUGGCUGCAAGGUUCCCAUGAAGAUUGAAUCAUUGGCAGGUCUUGGGGUUAUUAAAGUGGAAUGUGGUUCACAGUUUUCUGUAGCUCUAACCCGUUCAGGGAGUGUUUACACAUGGGGGAAGGGAGAUUACCACCGUUUAGGUCAUGGGACUGAUGACCAUGUAAGAAGACCUCGAAAGGUUGCAUCACUACAGGGGAAGAAGAUAAUUUGUAUUGCAACAGGUUCAUUACACUGUGUUGCAUGUAGUGACCAAGGUGAAGUCUACACCUGGGGAGAUAAUGACGAGGGACAGCUGGGUGAUGGUACAACAAAUGCUAUCCAGAGGCCAAGACUUGUUGUCGCAUUACAGGCAAAGAAGAUUACCCAGGUUGCUUGCGGAUCAGCACAUACUUUAGCUUGGAGUACAAAUAAACCAGUUUCAGCCAGCCGACUUCCACAAGGAACACCACUAGAAUAUGAUUUAGUGAGAGAUUUGCCACUUCCUGUGCUUCGGAACAGGCUUUUACUACUUCAUCAUUUCUCAGAAUUAUUUUGCCCUGUUGUUGCAAUGUUUCCUGUUGAUGGUGAAGGCAGUCUUGACAAACUAAGAGGAAUAUUAGUGUCUUCAACCAAAGAAGCAACAUUUAGAAAGGUUGUGCAAGCAACAAUGGUUCGAGACCGACAACAUGGUCCUGUUAUUGAACUGAAUCGUAUACAAGUAAAGAGAUCACGGAGUAAAGGUGGUCUUGCAGGAACUGAUGGAAUAAAAUCUGUAUUUGGCCAGAUGGUAACAAAGAUGUCACUGUUGACACAAGAAGCAUUGUUCUUACCACACCGAGUGUGGAAAGUUAAAUUUGUUGGGGAAAGUGUAGAUGAUUGUGGAGGAGGCUACAGUGAGAGCAUUACUGAGAUGUGUGAAGAACUUCAAAAUGGGUGUCUUCCAUUAUUGAUUGUUACACCCAAUGGCCGAGAUGAUACAGGAACAAAUCGUGACUGUUUUCUCUUGAACCCUACCUUGAAAUCACCACUGCACAUGAAUAUGUUCAGAUUCCUGGGUAUUCUAAUGGGAAUUGCUAUCAGGACAGGUAGCCCCUUAAGCCUGAACCUUGCAGAAGCUGUAUGGAAGCAGUUAGCUGGAAUGACUUUAACACCAGCUGAUCUUACAGAGGUGGAUAGAGAUUAUGUCCCAGGAUUGCUUUGCAUACGAGAUAUGGAACCAGAUGCAAAAGUAUUUCAGACUUUAGAGAUGCCAUUUUCAACACCUUCAGCUUCAGGAAUUGAAAUUCCUCUUUCCACAAGAUACAAAAGAAUUAUGCCUGAAAAUCGACUGGAAUAUGUUCGCCUAGCACUCAAUUACAGAUUACACGAAUUUGAUGAGCAGGUAAAGGCUGUCCGUGAAGGAAUGGCAAAAGUAAUUCCUGUUCCAUUGUUGUCACUAUUCAGUGGUUAUGAGCUGGAAACUAUGGUCUGUGGUUCUCCUGACAUCCCUCUAACACUUCUGAAGUCUGUAGCUACUUACAAAGGUGAAGAUGCUAAUUCACUACUGAUACAGUGGUUCUGGGAGGUUAUGGAAGAAUUCACGAAUCAAGAACGCUCUCUUUUCUUACGUUUUGUUUGGGGUAGGACGAGGCUUCCUCGAACAAUUGCUGAUUUCAGAGGACGAGAUUUUGUGCUACAGGUUCUGGAUAAAUAUAAUCCACCAGACCAUUUUCUGCCAGAAAGCUACACCUGUUUCUUUCUGUUGAAAAUGCCUCGAUACUCAUGUAAGGCUGUGCUGCGGGAAAAAUUAAAAUAUGCCAUCCAUUUCUGCAAAUCUAUAGACACUGAUGAAUAUGCAAGAGUAGCCAUGCCAAGCAGUGGUGCUGGCUCAAGUAAUUGUGACAGUGAUGAACUGGACAGCAUUGCAAGUGAUGGACCAGAGUCUGUAUGACCACAGAACUGUAGGCUGUAAUUAUGUUAUAUAUGUAAUUUUGUUAAAAGAAAUAGUUUGACAGCAAUGUGUCACCUUCAUUUCCCUUUUUUUCCAUGAUCAAAAGAUACAAAUAUUAUAUUUUAAAAAAUUAUACUGAAAGCAGUACAAGGAUCUGUUAUUUCUGUACAGACACUGUACUGACUUUUUUCCUGUGAUAUAAUGUAUAAGCUUCAUGUUAUCUUUUUCUCUGUCAUCGUAUUUCAGUAAGUUUUUACUCUUGGUAUUUUUAUUUUCUUUUGCUUGAAAGUACUGUUGUAUUUACAAGAACGCCAGUCAGUAUUAAACUUUAAAGGAUAUGUGAUCACCAUUUACCUCCAAAAAUAAGUAAAAACACCAGGUAGGGUAAGUGAAAAAGUGAAAUUUCAGAGCUUUGGAUUUUGUCCAAGGGUUAUCAGAGAAAAGUUUAAAAUUAAAAAAUUUCCUGCAUUGAGGCACAACUACAUUAGUGGUAUUACAUGAUAUGCAAGGAGUGACAAAUGGCUAUUGAGAGGCGGCACAGUUUGAAAAGGGUAUUCAUCCAGUCAUACAUUGUUUACUGUAAAUGUCAUCAUGAGUAGGAACCUUCAAGGAUGUGGGAUGAGCAAAAUUAUACAUAAAUUGGAAGAAGUUUCUCCUGCAGACUAUUUGGGAGACUGUGAAUUUAUGAGAAAAGUAUGAGAGUAUACAGUUAAGAAGUACUGUGUAUCUAAAAUAACCUAUAAAUGUAUAAUUUGAAAGGAAAUUAAGGAACAAAUAUGAUUGCUGAAAGAGAGAGAAAGAAACAAGACCAAAAAUAAAGAGUGACAUACCAUCAGUAUAGCAAAUGACAAAAAAUAUUUGUGAAUGCUUGGAGGCUAACCAUAAAUGAAUGAAAAGAAAAUGUAGAAGAACUGGAGGAGGAGCAGCAGCAACAGCAGCAGCAGCAGCAGCAGAAGAAGAAGAAGAAGAAGAAGAUUACUACUCUAGUGAUGAAAGAAGACAAGCUUAUAGUAAUACUACUACAGGUCAUUGACAUGCUAACUCCCUGUAAUUUAUCCUGCCAUCUAAGAUAUCCACUAUUUUAGUUGUGCCUCAGACCUUUCUUUUCAAGAAGUAAGAGUACCUCUUUUGAAAAGAAAUUGCAAAAUGUUUCCUUCAGUUUUAUGUACCCUAUUCAUCACUGGUAUUAGCUUUUCAAGGCUAAUGGUGACCCAGCAUUCCUAGAAAGACCGGUAUCUCUGUUGACUUUCUUGUUUUCUAUCAGUAUUAAGUUAGACUAUUAAACUUCAGUUUUUUACGCUUGUACUAUACCAUUGUAAAUAUAUUUAAUGUUAAGUUAUGCACAUGUUCCUAAUUCUUAAUAUUUUUACUGUCUAUAAAUUUUGGAAUGUGAUAUCUUACAGGGUGAAAUUUAAUGCGAUUCUGGUGCAUGACUCUAAAAAUACAGACAAGGAAAACAAAAUCACGAGAUUCAUCAGUAUGUUGAAUGCCAUUAUUUGUGUUAAGUAGAAAGAGGAUAAAGCAAUUUCUACAAAUUAAGUUCUGUGGAAUAAAUUGAUGAUUUUGUAAUGAGAUCAGUAAAAGUGCAUUACAGAAAAUAAAUCUUGUAACAUUUGAGAUGUUUAGCUCCAAAGUAAGCAGUAUCCAUGAAACUGCUCUAUGAGUCCACUUCAUGUGUGCUAGACAAUGGGUAACUACUUCUCAUAGGUAGAUUUCCACUGGGUAUUUUGUUGGUUUUUGCAAGAUGACCCAAGAAUACUUUCAUACUGUCUGAAUACUGCAAUAUAUCUUUGCAGUCUUUUGCCUGCCAUAAUGUGUGGUUUCUAAACAUUGCUAAUUAUUGAAAUGUUUUGUAAACCUAAAUAUACUUUCAGACAAUUGCAUUGCUGCAAGUAAUUUUUGUCAUGUUUGUAAUGUGCAAUGAGCUUAGGUAUGUUCAUGACUUUACAGAGUAAUGACAAAUCAAUACCACAGUUUUACAGUUUAAACUGUUGAAAAUCUGUCCAUAAUUAUGUACAUUGUUAAUAAAACAAUUUGUAAUAA